AUGGUGCUGGGCCUAAGUUCUAACCUCACCGUGCUGGUUCUAUACUGUCUCCAGCAGAACCUUAUCAGUUCUGUCUCCAACAUCAUCACCAUGAACCUGCAUGUACUGGAUAUGCUGCAGCCGGCGGAGUGGGAGCAGCUGAACCGGCUCCUGCAGCAGCGGGGCUUCCGGCCGGUGCUCUUCGCUGACCCCGUGGAGAGCAAGAGCCCUGCAGAACUGGGCCUGCUGGACAGGAAGUCGGCGGCGGCGCUCAGGUGGACCCUGGAGACGCUGCUGGCGUACCACGACAGGAGGCGGGCUCUCCUGCAGGAGCUGGUCGGCUCCAACAACCGCCUCAGAGAGGAGGUCCAGGAGCAGAUGAGUCACGCCUGCCAGCACUCCCAGAAGGCCUCAGAGCUGCAGGUUCUGCUGGACCAGGUGAAGGUCCAAGUCCAGGACCUGGAGGACGGCUGCAUCUGCAGACCCACAGCCGCACGCUGCAGCUGGAGCGCCACAGGGCCGAGGCCACAGUCAGUUCCUGCUCUCACCUUGAAAGAUGAUCAUUUACUCAUGAAAGCUUUUAUUUUGAAAUGCAACCUCUGUGUCUGUGCUGCUGUUCCUCAAACAGAUUUCAAAAUAAGAGACAGAAAUCAUCUUCUGAAAAAAACGAUUCUUUUUAGCUGA